AGACCACCUUGCUGCUGCAGCCUGCCAGCGCAGAUCAGGCACCGGUAAUAGCGGUGUGGAUUAUGACUAGAAGUAGCCCGACUUAACAGCGCAGCACUAGUACUCCACAUAAUAACCACAUCAUUUUAAAGCUGUACUUUGGUUUUUCAUUUUUCUAAGUCAAACUUUACAUAACGUUGUAGCUAGAAGACAGUUGUAUCGCUGAAGAUGUCAGUGGUGGGAUUUGACUUGGGCUUUCAGAGCUGCUAUGUAGCUGUAGCCCGAGCCGGAGGGAUCGAGACAGUUGCUAACGAAUACAGCGACAGAUGUACACCGUCAUUUGUAUCAUUUGGACCGCGGAAUCGAUCUAUAGGAGCAGCUGCAAAGGGCCAGGUGGUGACCAACUGUCAGAACACGGUGCAGGGCUUCAAGCGAUUCCAUGGCAGGGCAUUUUCAGACCCCUAUGUCCAGUCAUCCAAGUCUAACUUGGUGUACAACCUGGCACAGAUGCCUUCUGGAGCCACUGGUAUAAAAGUCAUGUACAUGGAGGAGGAGAGAGUGUUCAGCAUCGAGCAAGUCACUGGCAUGCUGCUGACCAAACUGAAGGAGACUGCUGAAAGUGCACUGAAGAAACCAGUGGCAGACUGCGUAAUCUCAGUCCCCAGCUACUUCACAGACGCAGAGAGAAGGUCUGUCAUGGAUGCAGCUCAGAUCGCAGGCCUCAACUGUCUACGGCUAAUGAAUGAGACGACUGCAGUGACUCUGGCAUAUGGCAUCUAUAAGCAGGACCUGCCUGCUCCAGAAGAGAAGCCCAGGAUAGUGGUGUUUGUGGACGUGGGCCACUCGGGUUACCAGGUGUCAGUUUGUGCCUUCAACAAGGGAAAGCUCAAGAUCCUGGCUACUGCGUUUGAUUCCGAGCUUGGCGGGAAGGACUUUGACGAUAUCCUGGUCGGCCACUUCUGUGAGGAAUUUGGGAAAAAGUACAAGCUGGACGUCAAGACCAAGCCCCGGGCGCUGGUCCGACUCUAUCAAGAGUGUGAGAAGCUCAAGAAGCUGAUGAGUGCCAACUCCUCCGACUUGCCUCUCAACAUCGAGUGCUUCAUGAAUGACAUUGACGUUUCCAGUAAACUUAACAGGGGUCAGUUUGAGGAGAUGUGUGCAGGGCUGCUGGCCAAAGUAGAGGGUCCCCUGCGCAGUGUCAUGGAACAAGCCAAGCUGAAAAAGGAAGACAUCUAUGCGGUGGAGAUAGUGGGUGCUGCCUCCAGAAUCCCCGCCAUCAAAGAGCGGAUCAGCAAAUUCUUCGGCAAAGAGCUGAGCACCACCCUGAAUGCAGACGAGGCCGUGGCCAGAGGCUGUGCACUACAGUGUGCUAUCCUGUCGCCAGCAUUCAAAGUCAGAGAGUUCUCCAUUACAGAUGUUGUCCCCUACUCCAUCUCCCUAAAAUGGAACUCUGCCGCAGAGGAGGGACUGAGUGAUUGUGAGGUUUUCCCAAAGAACCAUGCAGCUCCCUUCUCCAAAGUAUUGACCUUCUUCCGGAAAGAGCCCUUCACCCUUGAAGCGUACUACAACAACCCCAAGGAGCUGCCUUACCCCAACGCCGCUAUAGGCCAAUUCCUGAUAAAGAAUGUGGUUCCUCAAGCCUCUGGGGAGAGCGCAAAGGUCAAGGUGAAAGUUCGGGUCAACGUUCACGGUAUGUUCAGUGUAUCGAGCGCCUCGCUAGUAGAGGUCGUGAAAACAGCUGAGGGGGAGGAACCAAUGGAGACGGACCAGACAGGGAAGGAGGAGGAGAACAAAAUGCAGGUGGAUCAGGAAGAUCAGAAAAUCCAGGCUGGAGACAACGGAGACAAGAAAUCAGAGGCCGAGGAGAUGGAGACGACGACAGAUGACGCCAAGCAGGAGAAGAAGAACGACCAGCCCCCUCAAGCCAAGAAGCCCAAAGUGAAAACGAAGACAGUGGAGCUGCCCAUAGAAGACAAUCUGCAGUGGCAGCUGUCCAGUGACAUACUAAAUGUGUUUGUGGAGAAUGAGGGCAAAAUGAUCAUGCAGGAUAAGCUAGAGAAGGAGAGGAACGACGCAAAGAACAACGUAGAAGAGUAUGUGUACGACAUGAGGGACAAACUGCACGGUGUCCUGGAGAAGUUUGUGAAUGAAGCUGAGCGUGACACGUUCUCAUUAAAACUGGAGGACACAGAGAACUGGCUGUAUGAAGACGGAGAGGACCAACAGAAACAAGUUUAUAUUGACAAACUGGCUGAACUGAAGAAAAUUGGCCAGCCAAUGCACGAGCGAUACAUGGAAGCUGAGGAGAGGCCAAAAGCAUUUGAGGAGUUGGGCAGACAGAUCCAGAUGUACAUGAAGAUCAUUGAAGCUUACAAGGCAAAGGAUGAGCAGUACAAUCACCUGGAUGAGCUGGACGUGACUCGGGUGGAUAAGCAGGUGAACGACGCCAUGGUCUGGAUGAACGGCAAGAUGAACCAGCAGAACAGUCAGGACCUCACUCUGGAACCAGUGGUCAAAGUUCGGGAGAUCCAGGCCAAGGCUAAGGAGCUUUAUUCAGCCUGCAAUCCUGUGGUGUCCAAACCCAAGCCCAAGGUGGAGCCUCCUAAGGAGGAGAAGACAGAGAAUGGGCCAGUCAACGGGCCAGAGGAGACAGAGAGCCAGCCAUGCAACCCAGACAAAGCCACAUCCACAGGCACGGAACAGGGAACGGCGGAGAACAAGCUCCCUGAAAUGGACAUUGACUAACUGUUGCACCUGCUGCGCCUGAGUUUCACCUACGUUUGUCGUUCUACUCUGCCCCAAUUCUGUCGUUCUUCUGAGAUUGUUAUUGAUGGAAGUAGUUUCUCUUGAAGACAAAAGACAGCAGCAUCCUUAAUCAAUACUAUUCAUCAAUCAGCCUCCUCGGCAUGUCACUUCUUAUUUUCUUUGAAUACAAAAAUGUUGCAUAAUAUUAAUAUUGAACAGUCUACUUAAUGACAUAAAAGUUAUGAGCGUGGGAUGGAAACCGCUUUCUCCGUGUUGCUUUGACGGCCAUUAUGUUAAAGGUAGUUAUGUUCAGCGUCUCCUGAGCAUAUUUAAGCUAAGAAUGUAAGAUGUGACGAAUUGUAAGCAAAGUGGCUGUGAACACGAAAACUAGUAAUAAACCCUGGAUUCCUGAAAAUGUAAAAUAUUGCAGUAUGUCGAAAUAACAGAUUCAGCAGCACAUGUCAACGAACAUGGAUUAUUCCACAUUGUACAUGACAAAUAGUGCAUUUUUUUUCACUAUAAAUAAUUGUAACUGCUGGGUUAUAAUGUUUUAAGUUUAAAAGGAAGGAGGGAAGGUUUUUGUUGAGUUUACUUGUGUUGUAUGUGGAAACUAGAUACUAAGUUACUGUCAUGCAGGAUCUUAUUGUUUGGCUUUUCUCAUUCAAAAGCAAUGGUCCGUUGGUUGUUCUCUGGUAGCCUUGUACUGUUUUUUUUUUUCUACUUAACAGUGUGAAUGCUGGUCCAACUAAUCGCCUUCUCGGUGCUGCUGUUGUUGCCACGUCACCAAAAAUAAUAAAUCUUGACCCAAAAAAAAA